AUGGAUUGUCUUCUUAAGGACUCCUUGCUGAAUCGCUUCCGUGCAGGGUUUCUUCUCAUCUCUGCUGCCCUUGUGGCCGUUGCCUUAGGAGAGGUUCCAUCUCCUCCCGCGGGAUGGCGACCUUCUGGCCGCCUGCUACUCCUCCCUGCACGCUUGGAAUAUCCCCCAGCCGUUGAGGCCAACGCUACCCAACACCCAAAAGAAACUCAGUCAGACGAGAGCCAGCCUGAGAGAUUGUUGGACAGCGGAGAGUACUACGUGCUGCUGCCGGAUGGUCGUCUGCAGAUGGUCAAGUACACGACAGCUGCUCUCCGGGAGGACCAGGAGCAACAGACUCAACAAUUCCAGCAGCCUCAGCAGUUUCAACCCCAGCAACAAUUCCAGCAGUCUCAGCAAUUCUAUCAGCAGCAACAAUUCCAACAGUCUCAGCAGUUCCAGCAGCCUCAGCAAUUCCAGCAGCUCCAGCAGCAGGGUGCGCUCCAGCCAGAACUCCAGUAUGUCCAGUUUCCUCUGCCCGGUUCCCAGUACACUCAGACAAAGCUAGAGUACAAGACUCCAGAGGUGGAACAGAAGGCAGAGAAUUUGGAAGAAGAACCCAAGGCAGUCGUCGGAUUCGAAGCCAAUGUAGAGUACCGUGACGUGAAACCCAUCUCUGCCCCCAUCUACGCCUAUAACCCUACACCUCUUGUGCGAAUCCUCAAGAGAUUUCUUCUCAUCUCUGCUGCCCUAGUGGCCGUUGCUUUAGGAGAAGUUCCAUCUCCACCCGCAGGAUGGCGACCUUCUGGCCGUCUGUUACUCCUCCCUGCCCACUUGGAAACACCCACUGAGGCCAACGCAACCCAACUCCCAAAAGAGACUGAGUCAGACGAGAGCCAGUCUGAGAAAUUGUUGGACAGCGGAGAGUAUUACGUGCUGCUGCCGGAUGGUCGUCUGCAGAUGGUCAAGUACACGACAGCUGCUCUCCGGGAGGACCAGGAGCAACAGACUCAACAAUUCCAGCAGCCUCAGCAGUUUCAACCCCAGCAACAAUACCAGCAGUCUCAGAAAUUCUACCAGCAGCAACAAUUCCAACAGUCUCAGCAGUUCCAGCAGCAGCAACAGUACCAGCAGCCUCAGCAAUUCCAGCAGCUCCAGCAGCAGGGUGCGCUCCAGCCAGAACUCCAGUAUGUCCAGUUUCCUCUGCCCGGUUCCCAGUACUCUCAGACGAAGCUAGAGUACAAGACUCCUGAGGUGGCACAGAAGGCAGAGAAUUUGGAAGAAGAACCCAAGGCAGUCGUCGGAUUUGAAGCCAAUGUGGAGUACCGUAACGUGAAACCCAUCUCUGCCCCCAUCUACGCUUACAACCCUACACCUCUUGUGCGAAUCCUCAAGAGAUAAACAAAUCAAUAAAAUAAUUUAAUUGUAAUAUUUAUUGAAUUCUAAAAAUUAAAUAACUGGCAGUGUUUA